AUGGCUCCUCCUUCUAGUUUGUCUACUGUGCAGUCUGCUACACCAGUAAUGGCUUCCAAUCUUACUGAUGGCAUUGUUGGCAGUCGAUUCUUUUCCACCAAGAAAAUCAGUGUACUUCUUGAUGACACUAAUUAUCUACUGUGGCGGCAGCAGGUUUUUUUGGUGAUCAAGACCUAUAAGCUUCAAAGCUUUCUGGAUUUACAUACCGUUCCUCCUUCUCAACUACUUCCAGGUGAUGAUGGGGUGCCUCAAGAGAAUCUUGAGUUUACUCAGUUUGAACAACAAGAUAGUGCCCUUGCGUCAUGGCUCUUAUCGUUGGUAAGUCCAACGGUUCUUUCUCAUCCCAUUGGUCUGGACACUAAUGCUCAAAUCUGGAAUGCUCUUGUUAAUCUGUAUGGCAGUAAAACCACCUCUCAAUUAAUGUUUUAUAGAAGAGCUUUGCACUCUCAACACAAGGGUGAUCUUUCCAUGAAAGACUUCUUAAUGAAGUUUAAGAGUUACUAUGAUAAUCUUGCUAGUUUUGGAGAGGUUAUUAGCGAGCAUGAGCAUGUUACUGCGACUCUUAAUAGACUGCCAACUGAGUAUGAGUCUGACAUUACAAUUAUCAUAGCCAGUCAAAUACCCUAUAAUGUUCAAGGUGCCACGACCAUGCUUAUCGAUACUGAAGCUCGACAACAAGUUACAAUAUUUGAGGCUCCUAGUUCAGCCAAUAUCGUUUCUCAUCAAUCUGCGGAUCCUGUUAGCAAUAGUACACCCCCACCAGCCUAUCGCCCCUCUUCAACUACUCGAGGUCGUAGGCAUGGUCGUUCUUCUAGAGCAUGCAUUCAAUGCUACAGACCUCCUCAUUCUCCACAAGCAAAUGUAUGCAUGUUUAGACCUGAAUCUCCCAUUACACCUUGGGUGCUAUCUUCUAUAUCCAUAUUGCCUCCUGCUAUUCCAAAUUCACAACCAAGCUGGUUUUUUCCACUUGCUCCAGUGCCUACUUGGACUAAGGCUCUGUUUGGUAACCUCGCAUUUAUCGAGUCAACUGCCAACGGCACGUAUUUGGGUUGGAACAAAGCUUUGGAGAUUAAGAUCGAUGGUGGUGAACAAGUUAAGGCUUUGGGGAACAAAGACAAAGUCAUAACCAUGAUAGCUAAAUUGGCUAAUGGGUUGGCCACCUGGGGUUCGAAGAAAGAGAACGAUGGUCGCGAAAGAUACGGUUCAGUGAUUGAGCGUUUUCAGAGAAGAGAGGGGUUGAAAGAGAUGAUAAAAGGAAAAGUGGAACCUCAAAUGGUUGAAGCUGUAGUGCUAGCUUCUAUGGAAAACUUCUUUAAAUCUGUUCUAAAUAUGCCGGAAGUGGAAAGAAAGCUUAGAGUGGUGGUUGAUGCAGCUUUGGAGGACCAUCCGUACUGUUCGCAGCUAUAUCUUUAUAGCACAACUGAUAAGAAAAAUAAAUCAUUUUCCGAAAAACAUUUUACUGGAAAACAAACGGAGCCUAAUCCCUUUUCUGUCAAUUCCCCACAACAUGUCAGUGCACCCACCCCUACCAACUCACAUCCUCAAUCUUAUUUUGCAACUCUUGAGACAGUUGGUGAGAAUGCUUGGUAUCCUAACUCUACCGUGACACACCAUCUAACACAUUCGGCUGCUUCACUAGGUGAUAGUCCUUCCUACAACGGUCCAGAUGAAUACACCAGAUACAUAUGGGUUUAUUUCCUGUGGAAAAAAUCAGAGGUUCUUACUACUUUUCCACAGUUCCAUAAGCAAGCUGAAAAAGCUCUUGGUUUCAAGCUUCAAGCUUUACAAAUAGAUGAGGGGCGAGUUUCAACUAUUGAAAUUAUAGUUGAAGCUGGUCUUUCCAUGUUGGCUUAUGCAUCUAUGCCCUUAACCUACUGGAAUGAUGCCUUCAACAGUGCUAUAUACCUAAUCAACAGGUUAAACCAUGCUACUUCUUUCUUAGAGUCUUUGGCUGCUUAUGUUUCCCAAACCUUAGACCAUACAACACUCACAAACUCCAGUUUCGAUCAACCCCCAUUUGGCAUCUUCAAACCAAAGGCAUACAUGAGCACAAUACUCUGUCUCUCUACUAAAACUCCUGCUAACAUCCAUGAAGCAAUGCGCCAUGAAUUUUGGAAAGCUACAGUACACAAUGAGUUACAGGCUCUCCUUCACAAUAAUACCUGGAGUAUUUGCUCUCUCUCUAUCAAUCGUAGGGCAAUAGGCUGCAAAUGGUUAUUUAAGGUGAAAAAGAAUGCUGAUGGAACUGUGGAAAGGUACAAAGCUCGAUUGGUUGCAAAAGGGUUUUCUCAGCACACAGGAUUCAAUUUUCGAGACACUUUCAAGCCAGUAGUUCGAGCAGUAACCAUUCAGACUGUCCUUGCUAUUGCAGUCAUGAAGAGGUGGUCAUUAUGA